AUGAAUCUCCUGAUGCUGGCCUUCACUAUCUGUGGGUCUCUAACUCUGGUGGCCAAAUUCUCUACAGCUGGCUGGGAAAUUCAAAGAUGCUGGGAGAAUGAUAUAGGACACUGCAGAAAACGAUGUCUCCAAAAUGAAAGAUACAAACUUCUUUGUAAGAACAAGCUAACUUGCUGCAUUCCCAUAACAGCACAAUCGUUUACUCGAAGGCCACCACCCCGUGCAAUAGAUACAGAAGACAUAACAGUUACAAUGGAAACUUAUCCUCCUCUCACUAUGGACGACUUUAUUACUUUUAAAAUUUCUUCCCCAUCUCAGGCUAAAACGACCAAGAAAACUUCUUCUGAGAGCACUGUCCGUAUCAGAUAA